GAGAGGCGAGGUGUUCGCGCGAGGGGUCAUGUUUUUGGCCCGGGGAAGACUGUGCACCCUUGGCAGUAGACCUAAAUUCCUGAAGACAAUUUGUGCUUCAAAAAUCCUUGGACUCUCUACUUCUGCUAAAAUGUCUUUGAAAUUCAGAAAUGCAAAACGAAUUGAAGGCCUUGAUAGCAAUGUGUGGAUUGAAUUUACCAAGUUGGCUGCAGACCCCUCUGUUGUGAAUCUUGGCCAAGGCCUUCCAGAUAUAUCCCCUCCUGUAUAUGUAAAGGAAGAAUUAUCAAAGAUUGCAGCAAUUGAUAGUCUGAAUCAGUACACACGGGGCUUUGGUCAUCCAUCACUUGUGAAAGCUCUGUCCUGCCUAUAUGAAAAGUUUUAUCAAAAUCAAAUAAAUCCAAAUAAAGAAAUCCUUGUGACAGUAGGAGCAUAUGGAUCUCUUUUUAAUGCCAUUCAGGGAUUAAUUGAUGAGGGAGAUGAAGUCAUAGUGAUAGUGCCUUUCUAUGACUGCUAUGAGCCCAUGGUGAGAAUGGCUGGAGCAAUACCUGUUUUUAUUCCCCUGAGAUCUAAACUUGUUGAUGGGAAAAAAUGGUCUAGUUCUGACUGGACAUUAGAUCCUCAAGAACUGGCAAGCAAAUUUAAUUCCAAAACCAAAGCUAUAAUACUAAAUACUCCGCAUAACCCCCUUGGCAAGGUGUAUACCAAAGAGGAACUCCAAGUAAUUGCUGACCUUUGCAUCAAAUAUGACACACUUUGCAUCAGUGAUGAGGUUUAUGAAUGGCUUGUAUAUACUGGAAAUAAGCAUUUUAAAAUAGCCACUUUUCCAGGUAUGUGGGAGAGAACAAUAACGAUAGGAAGUGCUGGAAAGACUUUCAGUGUAACUGGCUGGAAGCUUGGCUGGUCCAUUGGUCCUAAACAUUUGAUAAAACAUUUACAGACAGUUCAACAAAACACCGUUUAUACUUGUGCGACUCCUUUACAGGAAGCUUUGGCUCAAGCUCUUUGGAUUGACAUCAAGCGCAUGGAUGACCCAGAAUGCUACUUUAAUUCUUUGCCAAAAGAGUUAGAAGUAAAAAGAAACCGGAUGGUACAUUUACUUGAAAGUGUUGGCCUAAAACCCAUAGUUCCUGAUGGGGGAUACUUCAUCAUUGCUGAUGUGUCUUUGCUAGAUACAGACCUUUCUGAUAUGAAGAACAGCAACGAACCUUAUGACUAUAAAUUUGUAAAAUGGAUGACUAAAAAUAAGAAAUUGUCUGCCAUCCCAGUUUCAGCAUUCUGUAAUGCAGAGACCAAAUUACAGUUUGAGAAAUUUGUGCGAUUUUGCUUCAUUAAAAAAGAUAGUACACUGGAUGCUGCUGAAGAAAUCAUCAAGGCAUGGAGUAGACAGAAGUUUUGAUACUUGCAGACCGCAUUGUUUCUAUUAGAUGACCUAGUAUGGAAUUAUUUAGUACUGCUACUUGCUGGGUAUUGAAAAAAAAUUUUCAGUACAAAUGAAAUUUAAAGGACUAUUUCCAUUGUUAAUCCUACUCCUGACAAUAUUCAGGAGAUCUGAUUUUUUUUUCAGCUGAAUUGUAUUAAAACAGCUUUUAGACCAUUUUAUGUGUCAGUAUAGUGCAGUGGUAAGAACUGUGAGAUGCUGGUUGAUGCUUAACCUCCUCUGCGCUUCAGUUUCCUCAUAAAAGGGGAAUAAAAAUAGCACCUACUUUAUAUGAAGUUUGUGAGUUGUUGUUUGUGAGGAUGAAAUGGACUGAUGUAUGUAAAGCCUGGCAAACAAUAAGCACUCAACUACUCUUGGCCAGUUUCACUUCUCUGCCAUUGCAUGAAAACCCUUAACCAGUUACAUCCCCCUCAACUCUGUAUCUUUGCUUUGUCUCUACCCACCUGUAGUUCUCUCCCCUUCACUUACUAACGACUUUGAACUCUGCUCAUAGUUUUGCCUCUCUUGCAAGUACUGCCAUCAUCUGGAGUGGCUUCAAGGUCCCCAUGGAUUACCUAGGCUUUUGGUACUUUGACCUCCUCACCUCUGGUGAUAUUCACCUCCACUCCACUCUCCACUUCAGCCACCCACUCCCUUGGGCAUACCCUAAACCUUUCAUCAUUUCAGGCUGUUCCAUCUUUGAGAUAAUAAGUUAGUCAUUUCACACUGUAACCACCUAUUCUUACACAAAGUAUCACCCCUGGCCAAUAUUUCCCACUCUCUCCAUCUCUCUCUCUCACUCAG